AUGCCGCCCAAGGAUGUGGCAACCAAGAAGCCGCCGAAAGCCGUCGGAAAGUACGAUUAUCUCCUGAAACCAGUCACCGACCUUGUUGACAACUUCGCCAUUGAUAUAUUACAUGUUUGUUUCAUCUUUCGAUUCUCUCAUUAGAAAAAAACAUGGAGCCCUAUUUUUCAUUUGGGUAUAGAUAAAAUAUUAUCAUAUGGAUAUGUUAAAAAUUUCAGGAGAUCGAAAAGUUUCUAGAAGACCAAGAAAAAGCUCAGAGUGAAGGCGAUGGUUACACUCGGUUCAAUUUUCCCGAGGCUUCGAUUUUAAUUCAAGCCACGACACAGAUUUACGGCCGCAAGGUUCGUUCGUAUUCACAAGAGUUGAGGAAGAAGUAGAAAAUCGCUUUUGUGAACAUUUUCAUCAAUAAUUCUGUAGGUGGACUACGUUUGCGACCAAACAUAUGCGUUAUUGGAUACAUUGAAGGGUACAAACACCCAUUCACAAGGUUCUCAUUUCGAUGUUCUAUGAUAACAUGAGAAGUCGAUUUCAGGAGCAAAUGCUAGAGGCGCAAGACGGAAAAGAGGAGUGGCUCUUGGAGCAUUGUCCUUCGAACUCGAGGAUUAUACGAAAGAGAUCGAGACGCUCAUCGAGAAGACAGAUUCUCAUGACAGGGAUCUUAAGAGAAUCCGUCAGUUUCAGUUUUAUAAUAAAAAUUAAGGAAAGAUCGAUGAAAGUUUUUAUGAUAUUUUCGUAUCACAUUCUUUUUCGCAUAAAAAGCUUUUUUUCUAUUGAGGAAAUUUUUUUAAGCCUUUAAAGGGCGAAUAGUUAAAAAAAUGUUAUAAUUCUCGUAUGUCUUUUCCUCAAAGGAAAGUAUGCAGUUUUCAAUUUUUGAACGAACAGUCCUGAAAAUUAAAAUGGUUUUUUUUACUUUCUAGAAAUUUAUGUUUUGAGAAAGACUUCUAAAAAAAAAUUAUUUUCCCAAAUUUUCUUAAAGACCAUAGUUUCAUCUGAAACUGUUGGUUUUUUUUUCCAAAAACAUCAAACCCAUGUUGUCUUUAAAAAGUUCUUUUAAGUGGACGACGUACGUUGCAUGAAAGAAAUCGAGAGGAUGCAGGAAAAGUUCACUAACGAAUACGUCUCUAAAGCAUUGCCGAGCCAUUUCAACUCCGAAAAACUAACUGAUUACCCAUUCUUGAGAUCUCAGGUUCAAUUUUCACUUUUUAUUUUUCUGUACAAGUGACCUCUGUUUCAGCAACCUAUUCUCUCAGCAAAAAAACGGCCAGAACUACUCGGGCGACUGGCUGAUUUUGAGGUCAAAAAAGCGGAAAUGGCGUUGGAGCAGGUUCGGCGGAAUUUUCUCAUCUACUGGAACAGAGAGCCGUUCAGCAAGUUGCGAUUGUUCGCGACGACUACAUGAAGGACGUCAACGAGUUCACGUUGCCUGGAUCGGUCUACGUCCCUUCGAAUUAUCUUGAGACCAAUUUCGGAGUUCCUGAACUCGAUUUACCCAAGCACAACGAUUUCUGCUCAAGACCGAAUCCUUAUGGACCUUUCAAAGAUGGUUAGUGAGCGGGAAAAAAUAUUAUGGAUCAAGAGAUCCUUGAGGAGAAGAGCAUUCCUAAAAAAAAAGGAGAAAAUGAACUACAUAUCAAAUAUAUCAAAAGCUCGAGACUGUUUUUAUGCAGGAAAAAUUAAAAAAAAUUUUUAUUUUUAUCCAAAAAACCUACGAUAGACUAGCCAAGAGCACCUAAAUAAAUGCUAAGUUCAUCUACGCCGAGGGAUGUUUUUUGAAGAUUUUUAAAUAUUUCAUUAAUAAUGUUUCUCGCUAUCUUUGUUCUUUUUCCCUGAGUUUGUUCAAUAAAAAAAAAACGAAAUUUUUUCAAUAUCAAUCAAUAUUUAUUGGUUGUUUUUAGUCAGAUGGUAUCGACUUACAAAUCAUACGAAAAAAAUCAAUAUAAUAAUAUAAAUUGUGUCACUAAUUGAAAAAUUCUUGCAGUACUGACGGGUCGGAGAAUCGUGGCGCCGCCACGGUGGUUCGUGGAGCAGGAGGCGACUCGAAUGGGGGUCCAUCGGCAAGUUUCCCGCGAGCCUCUCAGCGGAACGACGCCGCUCCCGACGCGGAUGCCUCUGGGCGCCAGGUCGUCCAAUUUUCUCGAGGCUCCGCGCGAGUUGAUCAACUCCCAGGUCAAUACGACUGUCGAGCCGAAUUUCGAUAAAAGGUAACUGAACCCCGAAAAUGUCAAAAACGCGCAGUUAUAUAUUUGGAUUAUUUCAUGCUCUGAAAAAGAGAGAUAGCUUUUAUAAUUUUCUACAGCCUCUUCUGUGAAUGUUUAUUUUUGAGCGAUUUCAAAAGUUUAAGUUUCGUAGUUGAGCCCAGCUCAUAACUUUGAUCUUCGCGAAAAUAUCGCUUUAACCUUGCUGAAGCGAGGAAUGAGUCCUUGUAAGUGAGCUACGUCUUCCCUUUCUUAGAUCUUUAUUAUUUUUUGGCUAAUUUGCAACUUCUUUCGAGCUCCUAACUUCGAAAUCGUUCUUAGUUCAUGUCCUUCUUUUAAGAGGAAGUACUCGGCUGACAAAUGGCGUCUUCGCAAUGACGGAAAACCAAGAUUCUGAUGGCGCAGAAGCCAUGUCGUUUAAUGGAGACGACGAUGAUGAAAAGGAGCCGACGAGGCUUUUGAGAAAUGCUGUGACCGUUGACCCGGUAGGAAAUUCUUGUUCGAAGGAGACAAUAUCAGUGUGAGAAGUUUUCAAAUCAUUUUUGCAGUGGGACGAAGACUUGGACAUGGUCCCGAACGGCCACUUGACCCUCGACCAAUACGAAAAGAACGACUGGCGACGUUGCGUGGUCUCUCAGAACAGCGCCAAAAGCGCCACUGCUGAAGUUUUGUGCAAGAAAAUUGAAGUGAAACAAAUCAAUAUCAAAGAAACUUCAAUUUUGAGCUUUUCAGGCUGAGAAAGCAAAGGAGAACACGGGUCCCAAGCGGCUGAUGGAGACGUAUAACUACUUUCAGACGACGUUCUAUCUUAGAGAUCGGAAAAAAGCCGUUCCGACUGACUGGGUUAGAAAAAUUAGUUGUGAAAUGUCUCAAUGUACACUCUUGUGUUCGCUUUUAACUAAUUAGGAAAUGGUAAUUUUUUUAGAUAAUUUUAAAACAGUUUUACAUCUUUUCUUUUAAACUUGAGAAAAUUUUGAAUGGUUUAGAGCAGAAGAUAUGUUUGCGUUUUAUUGAUUUGUGCUGAUAAAUGGUUUUUAGGCCAUUCUAACAAUGGAAAGGAUUACCAAACUUUUAGUCGAAAAAUUUGAGAGACUAAUGAAAAAAAAAGUUUAUUCAUUGAAGGCUUCGUCAGUCCUUCGGUCGCUCAUCACGGAGAAGGUGAAGAAAAAUGCGCAAAAGGCGGAGAACGAACGGAGAGCAAAAGAAGAAGAUCGGAGGUACCAGGAAAUGCAGAGGCUGAAGCGGAAUUCGAGGCGGCGAAGCGCUGCGAUUCGUCUCGAUGACUUUGAGGAACCCAUGAGGCAGACGCCAGAUCAGAGGAGAACUUUGCCUGGAGGUUCGUAUCGCGAAAUAUCUCAGAAAUGAUAGCGUUUGUCAAAGUCAAGGAGUCAAGAAACUAACUAAAAUAAAACGUUUUUUUGUUCGGGAGUCUGCCUAAAUGGGUUUUAUUUGAUAACAAAUUCAAAAAAUGAAUAAAAUAAUAUUAUUUAUCGCUUUUGUUGAAAUCAUCUCCAUUAAGUUGUCAACACGGAUGCCAACGUUUCGAUGGAUCUCGACAUUCCCGACGACGACUAUGAUGAUGCCAACGAAUUCGACGUAGCCCCUAUGCCUGAUAUCCAACCUGUGAUCCGAAAAAUGGAUGAACUCUCAUGAUACUCCAACUCCAGGGAACUUCCGAGCUACGCUUUGCGGACAUUUCUGAAGACGAAAUCGAGACGAUUCUCAAUUUGCCGGACGAACAAUAUUUGAAAAGUGGGAAAUCUCGGAAGAUAAAUGUUUAUUUUGGUACUCAGGAGGCGUUCCUUUGCUUCAGAAGUUGACGAAAGAGCUGUCGGUAAAAGAGAUGAUGGCGUACAAGAUGGUUAGGUGAGUUAUCGGUUUCUUUUUCCAAAUGGAAAGAGCCAGAAUUGGGAUCACUUCGUUCAUUAAGUCUCGCUUGUUACUCACAGAAAUGACGUAAUUUUUGUUUUUACAGUAGAAAUGGCAUUCCAAACGUUUUAAAUCAAGAAAAAUUGUGAUUUCGGUAUAUAGUGCACGUUUACUUUGAACAACAUUUCGGGUAUUUGGACCUUGUUAACGCGAACCGGGCGUGUCGGUGCGUUUCUAGGGACCACUUAAUUGGCGUUAGUACUCUUAAGUGGCCCCUAUAAUUGCUCAGAAACGUUCGGAGCGUGUCCGGUUUUCGUUACCGAUAUCCAUGUACUUAUUUCAGUGGGUUGAAAGUUAGAUCAAUCAUCCGAUGUCUUAUUUUUUGCUCACUCUUUUUCGGCUCAAAGCUGAAAGAAAAAAAUAUAUUUUUGUUGCAAGACAAUCUUUUCGCAGAGUUUUCGAAGACGUGGACGACGACACGGAGAGUUCGCUGCAGAGCCGCGUCGACGCCUGGCAACACCGAGUAGAGCCCGUUUUAGAGGAGGAGGAGACCCGCAAAGAGUUCGACAUACAUUUAUACGGCGACCAGAUCAUCGAACAGUUUGAGAAGCCCCAGGAAGCCCGCGAUUUCACCGAGGUUAGGACUUUUGCUUUUAAUAAUACUUAUUCAUUGACAGGCAGAACAAAAUAAAAUGUACAAUAAUGGUUUUGAAGAGAAACAUUGGCAAAUUACCCUGAAAAGAAUAAAUUAAAAGCUAUUGAGGCCUCCCGAGCCAGUGGGGUAGCCCUGCGAAGAUUUUUAAAAAUAAUAAUUUUUUUAUAAGAAAAAUGAGCGAUUCCUUCUUUCAGCUGGUGGUCGGGAAGAAGUGGUACGAGAUCAGUCGCUACUUUUUUUGUCCUGCUUGCUCAUGGCCAAUACUAACAAUGUCAAGGUGAUGAAGUAGGAACGAAGUUAAAAGUUAAAGGCAAAAUGCGAUCGCUAUGGUAGUUAUAAAAAACAAUCUUCAGCUCUUCUAAAAACAAGUUUGUUCAAUAAUGAAUUCAAAAACACUCCAAAAUAAAAAUAAAGAGAACUUUUUCAUGAAUCUGUGUGUCCGGAACAGAAUUCAAAACCUUGAGGAUAAGGUAGUUUUUACGAAGGAGUCAUCUCUGAAAUUUUUUAUAUUUUAGUUUUUAUAGCUCAUUCAAUUCAACUUUUUUUGUCGAAAAAUUCAAUUUGAGCCCCAAUUUCAGUUAAAAUUUGAACAGCGGCUUCAGUUGUUCAUUUGACUCUUUGAAGGUGUUAA